AUGUUGAUGCUGCCCAAUUUCGCAAAACCAGUUCAAAUUUUUACGGUCAUGAUUAAUCGUCACGUACCGGAUUUGACAGCAAAGCGGAACCGUGCGAUAAGGCAUUCUGAUUUAAAACUGCGCAUUUGUCCCAGUUUUACAGUUUGUUUAUCUCACGCCUGAAAAUGUCUGACGCACAGAACGCGGAAAACCAGCAGCCCUCGAAGAAGGCCCAGAAGAAGGCCGAGAAGGCAGCCAAAAAAGCCGAACUGAUCCAGGAGAAGAAACAAGCCGCCGGCGAUAAUGCGGCCGCCACGGACGGCCCCGACGGCGAAGACAUCUCCAAAGAUCUCUACGGUAAACUCCCCCUGAUCCAGUCGACAUCCAAACCGGAUCGCACCCUCACGAAACUGAAAGAUCUCGGCGUGGCCUUGGCCGAUCAGUCCUUAUGGGUUCGUGCGCGCGUCCAAACCAGUCGUGCCAAAGGAAAGCAGUGUUUCUUCGUCCUACGUCAGCAGCAGUUCACCGUGCAAGCCUAUCUGGCCGUAGGGGAGAAAAUCAGUAAACAGAUGGUGAAAUUUGCCGCGGGAAUCAGUAAGGAGUCGAUUGUAGAUAUUAAGGGAAUAGUUAAGAAGGCCGAUCCGAAAAUCGAGAGCUGCUCGCAGCAGGACGUGGAGGUCCACGUGGAGGAGCUGUAUGUGGUGUCGGCGGCUGAGCCGCAGUUGCCGCUACUGAUUGAGGACGCGAUGCGCAGUGAGAAUGCUGAGGACGGUCCGCAGAUUACUGUUAAUCAGGAUACGCGAUUAAACAACCGUGUCCUGGAUCUCCGUACCACGACCAAUCAGGCGGUGUUCCGCUUGGAAGCCGGUGUGUGCAAGCUCUUCCGUGAUACUCUGGACAAAUUCGGUUUUGUGGAAAUCCAUACGCCCAAGAUUAUCUCGGCGGCCAGCGAGGGCGGUGCCAAUGUGUUCGCGGUUAGCUAUUUCAAGAACAGCGCCUACCUGGCGCAGAGUCCGCAAUUCUACAAGCAAAUGGCCAUCGCUUCCGAUUUCAACCGGGUCUACACGGUCGGAUCGGUCUUUCGUGCGGAAGACUCCAACACACACCGCCAUCUGACGGAAUUUAUUGGGUUGGAUUUGGAGAUGGCAUUUAAUUAUCACUAUCACGAAGUCACUGAUACGAUUGGGAAUCUCUUUGUGGAGAUUUUCAAGGGUUUACGUGAUCACUACGCAGACGAAAUCGCCACAGUCAAUCAGCAGUACCCCGCGGAACCGUUUAAAUUCUUGGAACCGUCCCUUCGUCUGGAAUACCGCGAAGCCGUCCAACUGCUGCGCGAGAACGGUGUGGAGAUGGGCGAUGAGGACGAUUUGAGCACCCCCAGUGAGAAACUCCUCGGGAAACUGGUGCGGGCGAAAUACGACACCGAUUUCUUCAUCCUGGACAAGUAUCCCUUGGCGGUACGGCCCUUCUACACCAUGCCUGACCCCAACAACCCGCGCUACUCCAAUUCAUACGAUAUGUUCAUCCGCGGUGAGGAGAUUCUAUCGGGUGCGCAGCGCAUCCACGAUCCAGAGCUGCUGGUGGAACGAUCGAAGCACCAUGGCAUCAAACUGGACACCAUCCAGUCGUACAUUGAUGCCUUUAAAUUUGGAUGUUUCCCGCACGGUGGCGGCGGAAUCGGUAUGGAGCGGGUGGUGAUGCUCUAUCUGGGGUUGGAUAAUAUUCGUAAGACGUCGAUGUUCCCGCGUGAUCCGAAACGAUUGACACCGUAAAGUGGAGGAGCGGCUGGUUUUGCUCCUGCUUAAUGCGUUUUGGACCCGUUUUUUGGUGCUGUUGGCUAAGUAAAUUUUUGUAUUGUUAAUUGAGUCGGUUCGUCUCUCUUUGCUAAUGAGCUUGGUGAAAUUGUUACUUUUUAUAGCUGUUAGCCGUUUUAGUGAAUUGCCGCAGUCUAUGAAAGUCGGUUAUUUGGAUGUUGGCAUAACAAAUUUGACAUAAACUGUUUUCGAUAA